AUGGGAUGGGCCAUGCCCAGGACAGGAGCCCCAUUGCUCUGGGCAGGUCCCGGUGCAGGGCCAUGGCCAUGGCUGCGGUUCCCCGGCAGGAAGCGCUUCCUGCCCCGCUCUCACCGCCUGUGCUGCUCGGCCCCGGCCCCGGCCCCAGCCCUGCUCCUGCUUCUCUGCCCCAGAGCUCCCAGCACCGCUGAGGAUGGAGCCGGCCAAGCAGCCCCAUAGCAAGAGGAUGGCUCCUGCUCCCCCCGUCCCUGGCAAGGCCAAACCAGUCCCCCCAGUGACAAGCAAGCCUGGUGGUCCCCAGCCCAGCGCCUCAGACACAGAGCGGGGCAGAGCCGGUGAUCCAGAUGCUGACUGCUUCAACGCUGUGCCGGUCACCACAGCCCGGCUCAGCCACCCCACAGCCACCCGCCCGCGGGUGCCGGGCCAGCGGCCUCCCAGCCUCAGCCCGGGGGGUCCCUGUGUUGGGGAGCACCCCCCGGGGCCACCGCUCAGCGGCGCGGGGCAGGCGCCGGCCCCGGCCCCACCGUGGAGCCCGGAGGUGCCGGUGGCUCCGUGCCCGGUGGCCCUGGGGGACCUGAAGGCGGAGGUGCGGUCCCUGCACAUCCUGGUGGACCUGAUGCGGGUGCAGCACCUGCGGGACCUGCAGGACCUGAGGCUGGAGCUGGGGCAGGAGCGGGCCGAGCGCCGGGCGCUGCAGGCAGAGAUCGAGCGGGUGCGGAAGGCGCUGCCCUGCUGAGCGCGGCGGGGGG